CGUAAUACCUACCGAAUACGAUUUGUUUUUGUAAUUUCAAUUUGUGGUAUAUCUAAAAUAAUAUGAUGUAAAAAUAAAGUAAAUAAUAAAAUUUUACAUUUACUAGAUAUUUAUUAAAUAUCUCUCCAAUCAACAAGAAAUCCAGAUUGAAUAACAAAUAGUGCAAAUUGAUUAUGAGCGAAACUGAGACUGUAGAUCCACAAUUGCAAAAUUUCAUCCUGUCUGAAACGCAAAAGCAGAGGUUUCAGGUUCUUGUACACAGUCUCACAGAUACAUGUUGGGACACAUGUAUGGGUAGGCCUUCAACUCGGUUGGACUCCAAAACUGAAGUAUGCCUUGUGAAUUGUGUUGAGAGAUUCAUAGAUGCCACUACUUUCAUAACGAAACGUCUCAUGAACACAACAAAAUACCGUUCUGAUUCACCUCUUGAGUUUGAGUAAAUUUUAUUAUUUAGUUUAGUAUAACACUUGCAAUAUGUUUUCUAGAAUUGGAAACUUUUUACAAAGGCACAGGAGAAAGUUCCUAGUGACGGGCGCAGUACUAGGAUCAGUGUACUUCGUUAUGACAUAUGCUCAAAAAAAAUUGAGAGAGUUGCAAGAGAAGGAGACUAAGAAGUUUUUUGAAAUGACAAGAAAGAAACAACAUUUUGAAACCACCGAGCGCACAUGCAAUCAAACAAUACUAUCACUCUCAAAAAUAGUCUCCGACAACAUUUUGACCAUUUUGAAUACAGAAGAGAUAAUUCAAAAGCUAGCAGAGAAUCCAGAAAAUAAAUUAGCACUUUGGGAUCAAUUGAAAGUAAUGAUUUUUACAAGAAUAAGUGUAUUGGUGUAUGCACUUUCAAUAUUACAAGUCACAUUACGUGUACAACUUAAUAUUAUCGGUGGGUACCUGUAUAGGGACUCGGUUCAUGAAGAUGCACAUUUUGUUGACAGUGAUUUACAAACUAAGUAUUUAUCUUUAUGCCAUCAUUUCAUUGGACCAGGUAUUGAGGACUUGGUGAGGCAAAUUGAAAAAACUGUAAAGAGAGUUGUUGAACCAAUAUCACUAAAAAACAAAAUCACAUUGCAAGAAGUGGAGCAAGUAUUUUGGUCCAUUCAAACAAUAUUAUGUACUGAUACAAGUGCAGGUGAUCCAGUGAAGAAACUGGUACAUUAUUUAGUUGAUCAUGCAGAUGUGAGAAUUGAAGCCAAGUUUGAUACAGUAGUCAAUGAAACGAUGGAUCUUUUGGAAAGUCAUGAGGUAACGUCUGUUACAACAUCCAUAGUAAGUCGAAGCUUCUCUAGCGUUGUUGAUGAAAUUGCAAAUUUAUUUGUGUCAAAAUGGGAUCCACCAUCUAAAAAACAUUUGGAGAUCUCUGAGGAUCAUGUGGUCACGAAAUUAGCUUUAAAAUUAGAUCGCAGUAAUCAGUUUGAAGAUGUUAACAAAAUUGAAAUGCACUUUAUCAAAUUAUUGCCAGCAAUUAAUGACUUGAUUACUAAAAAUACUUGUGAGAGCAACACAAACAUUCCAGAUUUAUUAACACAACAACUGACUUUGAAUGAGAAAUUGAAACUGUUAGGUGCAAAUAUUUAUGAAGUGUUUAGCGAUGCAUAGGUUCUGCUUAACUAUUGAGGUAAACAUUUAUUGUCUUAUGAAUCUGAGCUGUCUAAUCAUGGUUAUACAAAGUGGCUAUAAUGGUGACAGUAAAUGAAGGGGUUGAGCUAUCUAACCUUUUGGUUAAACAAAAUAAUUCUUAAAUUUUGAGCAGAUAAUUGGAAUUUUCAAAUAAACAAAUUAUAUAUCUUAAUAUUAUUAUAUAAAAUCCUAAUGUUCGUACGUAUGUCCACGGUUUUCUCUAUCAUCCGCAACUCGAUCAAAUUCCCAUUGGGAUGGUAAAAUACCACUCGGUCCCCUGGUGUGCAUAAGGGAGUUUGAUCGGGAUGGGUGGAAGUUGGUGGUUUUGGGUGGCAAAAAUGUGAAAUAAUUUUAACAUCUGUCCUUCCCUAACUAAUGUAAACUUCUAUAAAAUUCUGAAAAUCUCAGGAAUGAUCUAGAAAGUUCCAGAAUGUGUGCAACUGAUGUAACAAUCUGUAAAGGCUUUCUGUAGAAAGUUCUAAGACUUUCUGGAAUGAUCUAAGAAGAUCCAAAAUAUGUACAAUGGAUGAACUUGAUGCUCCAAAAUUUGUGCAACUGAUAAAAUUUAUCCGAAAUGGUCUAGAAAAUUCUAAAAAUUUCUGAAAUGAUCUAGAAAGUUCUAAAAUGGUUUCAAUUGUUCAAAUUGAUCCAGGAUGUAUUAGAAAGCUUCUGGAAAGAUCUAGAAAGUUCCAAAAUAUCUGCAACUGUUAAAAUCGAUCCAAAAUAAUCUGAGACAUUCUAAAAUGAUUAAUUUGAUACACUUGUUAAGUGGUCAAAUAAGUAGGUAAAUUUUAUUAUCUAAGAUAGACAUCUAUGAUUUAGAAAAUGGACCCUUAAAUAUUUCGUAUAUCAUUAAACAUGUGAUGUAAUUUAAACCUAGCAACGCCAGGUUUAUCUGCUAGUUUAGGAUAUGAAACAUUAAUCACCCUUAAGUAGUAAGUGCCUUGCUAGCACUCGGCUACUAGAUUACUUAUAGGUUGUUCCAAAAUGAUAUAAUGGAAAAUUGAUUUAUUAAGGUGAAUUACUAUGUAUUUUUUCUACCUGUGUGUUUAUUUAAUGUUGCCAUUGAAGCUACACUCUGUAUAGCUAUAGCGAUGAAUGAGAGUACAUUCUAACUUGGGAAAGAAUACUUUAGAAUUAUUUUGACUGUAAGAAUUAAGAUCAGAGUGACAUUGUGUAAGACAUAUAAAUAGUCUUAAGUAAGGUUAUAACUUGAUUGUGUAGUGGAUCUGUAAUUUGGAAUUUGAUAAUAAUUAUGUUUAGUUUUUUAACUUGCGAACAUUAGUUCAUGUUUGUUUAAAUUGUUUUUCAUUGUGGGGUAAUAUUAAAUCUCUUCAAAUAG